CAAAGCUUCCCUCUGUGUCAGUGAGUCCAUCUGGUGAGAUAGUGGAGGGUAGUUCAGUGACUCUGACCUGUAGCAGUGAUGCUAACCCAGCAGCUAACUACACCUGGUACGAGAACCAAACACUUGUCAGUAAUGGACCACAGCUUGUCCUCAGCUCUGUCCAGCCCUCUGACUCUGGAGAGUAUCAAUGUACAGCUGAGAACACGAUGGGCAAGAUGUCGUCCAGAUACAUUACAAUUGAUGUAAAAUAUCCUCCAAAGCUUCCCUCUGUAUCAGUGAGUCCAUCUGGUGAGAUAGUGGAGGGUAGUUCAGUGACUCUGACCUGUAGCAGUGAUGCUAACCCAGCAGCUAACUACACCUGGUACAAGGAGAAUGAAGACUCACCAAAAGCUUCAGGACAGAUCUUCACCAUCACUGACAUCAGACCUGAACACAGAGGGAGUUAUUACUGUGAAGCCCAGAACAGAAGAGGACGUCAUAACUCCACCUUACACCUGGUUGGUGUCACAGGAAAAUUACCAGUAAUACUGAAUGUCAUCAGAUCAACUUUGGUGGUGCUGGUGCUGAUUCCUCUGCUUCUUUUGAUUAUGUGUAUGAGGAAGAAGAAACUCUUCAGCUGUGGGACUGAACCAAAUGAACCUGUGGAGGCUAUAGAGAUGCAACAAAACCUCAGACAUGAUUCCUCUAAUUCAAAGUAGAAGUUAUUCCAGGGGGCACAUAGGUGUGGUGGUUAACACUGAUGCCUCCACGCGAGAAGGUCUGAGCCCAGGUUUCAGUCCAGGUUCAGCUCUUUGUGUGUGGAGUUCACUGUUCUCCCUGUGUCUGCGUGGGUUUUUUUCCAGAUUUUUUCCGUCUUCCUCCCACCGUCCAAAGACAUGGUCGUUAGGCUAAUUGGUGAUUCUACAUAGACUGUAGGUGUGAGUGUGAAUGUUUGUUUAUCUCUCUGUGUUAGUCCUGAGAUAGACCUCUGCUACCCUGAGGAUGAGAUACUAGAUACUAGAUACUAGACAAUGAGAUGAUGAGUUAUUCCAACUCUGACAUGUCACAAUUUACAUGACAUGAUGAUGUUUUCUGGUACCCUUUGUUGUGCAGUUUGAUUUUCUUUAUAUUUCUGUUUUAUCUUUAAAUAUUUUUCUCUUUAUAUUUCAGUUAGUUUUACACUGUUUCUCUCUUAGUUUUCUAGUAUAACUCUAGUUUGUUCAGCACAACCCACAGAUACUCACCUGGGAAUUUGGAGGCCAUGUCAUCACAGCAAACUCAAACCAGUUGUCUAGCCAUCACAAUUUGUCCCUCAUUAAUCUCGCCGAAAUCCUCAUAUUUGCCCAUUUGAUGGUCAGGGUUUUUUACUUCACCUAUAAGGGGUCAUGAUGUUAUGCCUGGUCUGUGUAUAUUAUAUAUUUAGGUUCUGAGUAAUUCAGAUCGAGAGAAAGAUGAAUUCUUUAAAAUAAACAUGUUGAACAGAAAGCUCAAACUGUUGUGUUGACAUCGUUGCAGUUCCCUCUCACUGCAGCAGAGGGCGACAAUA